UGCUUAUGAGUAAAGCAUCCGUCGAGCUCGGAAUAAAUGUAAGAGACACACACACUCCAAAUGCGUUUUUUUAUCAAAUGAACUUUAGUUUUACAGACACUUUAAGUUAUCGUUUAUUGGAAGAUACUGUUGACAAUGAUGCUAAUUAAAUAGAAGUCUGCAGUGAAGAAAAACAACUCCAAACUCGUGCUUAUUGCUUCUACAAGCCACGUUCUGAAUGGUAAUUGUAUGUUUUCCUGCAUGCGCUCGUGCUAAACGUUCCAACUUAAUGGGAAAAGCUGGUACUUUUUCCAGGGGGUGAUAUACACCUUGGAAUGGCCGUGUUACACCUGUGCCAAGUCAUGAGUUGGAGAGCCAUUUUAGAAUGCUCCAUUCCAGACAAGGCGCGAUGCAUCUCGUGCCGCUGCCACCACCCGCCGCCGCCGCCGCUGUCCUCAUCCUCCUCUUCCUCGCGCUGGAAACGCGCGCGGCGCCCGUGCCCCCCGCGUGCCCGCUCCACUGCACGUGCGCACCAUCCCCGGCCGCUGCCGACGUCCUGGCGGUGAACUGCAGCGGCGUGGGCCUCUCCUCCACCUCCUCCUCCCUCGCCGGGAUCGACGCCGCCGCCGUGGGUACACUUGACCUGAGCCGCAACGGCGUUGCCCGCGUGGACCUCGCCCUCCUCGGCGGUCUCGCUGGGUUCGAGGUGCUCCACCUCGGCGGCAAUGGGGUCGUGGAGCUGCGGAGUGGCUCACGGGUUAUCAGGGAGCUGACGUCACUGGAGAGGUUGAGCCUGGCGCAUAACGAGAUCGUGACGGUGCGGAGCGACGCUCUGCACACGCUGAGCUCCCUCCGUCACCUCGAGCUGCAAGGGAACCGCAUCUCCCACGUGGAAGGUGGCGCCUUCCGGGGCCUCAGCGCCCUCACGGAGCUGAACCUCGGUGACAACUCGCUCUCCACGUUAACACCGGACCCCUUGGCGGACCUCGAAGACGCGAUCGGCAGGGCCAGCCUCUCCCUGGAUCUGAGGGGCAACCCGUGGAGAUGCGACUGCAGGGCGUCCGCCCUGCUUGGCUGGGCUCGGCAGAGCCAAGCGCGAGCCCGGCUCCUCCGAGAGGUCACGUGCUGGGGUCGCCCCGCCGGACGGAGCCUCCUGGCCGCCGAGGAGGAUUGUGGGCGUCCGGGCGCCAGCGUCAUCGCAGCAGAGGGCACCACCGCCGUGCUGCCGUGCGGCCCGGAAGAAGCCAUGGAGGUUCUCUACUGGAGGACUCCCUUGGGGCCCGUCGACGGCGAACGAGACGGCGACGGAGGCCGCCCGCACGUGGACCGAAGCGGCGCCCUGGUGGUGCCGCACGCGAGUGUGGAGCACGAGGGCCGGUACGAGUGCGUGCGCUGGAGCGGGGCCGCCAGGGACCUCGCGCCCGUCCACCUGCUCCUCUCCGAGCGCGGGCACCGGCGCGCCCGCUCGGCGGCCGGGGAGCCCAGGGCCGCGUGCGCGGUGUCGCAGGAGCAGUUUGUGCUGGCCGUUUCCCUCUCGGUGAUCAUCACGUUCCUCGGCGCGUUCGCGUUGGGCGUGUUGGCUCGGCCCUACGUCAUGCCGCUGUUCUCCUGCUGCUCGAGGAAGCCCAAGGAGGGGCGGGCAACGGACCGCAGCGCCGCGGCUCGCGACAAUCCGGCUUUCUCGGACGACGGCGUUCAGGGGCGGCCCACAGGCGACGGACGGAAAGGCGCAGGUCGCAAGAAGGGCGUGUGGCUCUUCGGUCGGAGAAAAAAUGAAAUCGCCGAGCCGAAAGUGAAAUUUUAUUCGGAGCCACCGGGCGCCAUGCUGCAUCGUGAGGGCAAAGCGAAGGUUUCGCGGGCUUCCUCCAGCUCCAACUCCUCUCAAGGUCCCUACAGAGACACGCACCUCCCGGGCAUGGGCAUGGGAGCUGGCGGCAGGAGAGACAUUGAUAGCACAGAUUCCGCGAUAGGAAGCUCCCAGACAACCUACGAAAAUGUGCAAUUAAACGCGCAUGGCCAUGCGAAACCUCAAAAACCCGACUCGGAUUCUGACUCUGAUACGAGCUCUAGCCACAACUCGUUUGUGAACGUCAACGUGCAGCCACUUGGGCACAUCAACCCGGGAAGGGGAGUGGGGCAGCCUGGGCACCUGAGCCAAGUUUCCGGAGGCAUGGGAGUGAGUCACGGUGGUAAUCGAGUUCCCACGGCUAAGUUGAGUUCCCCAAAAAGGUUGGCUCCACUACCUCCAGCAAAUGUCUCUCAGACGAAAUCGCCGGCACUACAGCUGCCAUCAAAGGAGAAUUCUGGAGCAAUUGCAGGUGCCGUGAGUGUGGCCGUGCUUGGUAAGCCCUCAGAGGUUGGUGCAUUGAAGAGGUGGCCAGAGUCUGAGAGGUACAAUGAUCAAUUGCAGGAGGAGCAGCACAAUAAGCCGCAGAGCAUGAUUCCUAAAAAGCCUCCCAGACGUGAACACAGUGAUUCCACGUCCGACUCAGAAAGCGAUGAGGGAAAAAACGUGGUCCCUGGUCGAGCCCAUAGUGGCAUGAUGCGUCCUGACAAAGCAAAAGACUUGGAAGAAAUAUCUCUGUCGUCAAAUUACGUUGUUCACAUUGAUGGGGUUGACACGGGAGAAACUGAAUGCGAUGCUCACAUCGAUAGCCCCGUGGCUCAUGGAUCUUCUCAAAAGAAUGUCGGACAAACAGGUGGGCAGGAUGCGAGCCAAACUCAGGGGAUGCAUGCGGCUCAGCCCGCCAGACGCAGCAGUUCCAGCAGUGACGACUCAUCGGACACGGACGAUGGCAACGGUGGCGUGGCUCUCCCCGGCGGCAAGGCCCCUGUGGUGGCGCCCAGAUACGUUCUACAGAGAAGCUCCGAGGGCGGCGAGUUUCCACCCAAAUCUGCGGCGGCCGCACAAGGCAAGCUGGGCCCGCAGGCCAGCGAUGCCGCCGCCGCUGGUCAAAGUACGCCAUCGAAGCGUUUUACGUUCGCCAAGCUGAAGGCGGCAAUGAAUUUAAAGGUGAUGUUGCCAACGUCGAAGAAGGAGAAGGGAAAGGAUAAAAGCAAAGCAGAGGCUCAGAAGAAGGAAAGCGUUGAAAGCCAGUCGUCGGGAGACAGCAGUUUGGAGGAUGGAGAUAACAAACCGAAGACUGCUACGGUGAAGGUCGAUGUCGAAGACGGCAAGCAAUCUAGUCCUUCUUCAUCGAACGCUUCAGAACAAUCGAACGAUAGGGCUAAGGAUUUGGAAAGUACACUGCGUGCACCAGUAGCCCAGCAUGGCCCGCAAGGGGUCAGUCUGGCUGUAAAAGCUCACCUGGGUAAAGGGGAUUCACAGUCACUUAGCGACAGCAGUGAGUCCGAUGAUGACCGACGUGCCUCGCACCUCGGAGACGGAACAGCGAAGGGCUCUUUGAUAUCUGGACACGCGAAAUGGCCAACAACACAGUCACUACACAGACUUGGCCGUGGGGAGGACAGCGAAGAAGAUGCAUCUCCUGGCACGAGUAGCAUGGAUGGGCGAGUCGCCAGCUCAUUACAGGUGGCAUCGAUUUUGGGCCAGGAGAGGCAGACGCGUGAUGAUUCUCACUCCGAUUCCAGCGAUGGUGGUCAAGCAGCGAGCUCACUGCAGCUCGCAGCAUCUCGGGGCUCAGAGGGACCGACGCUCCACAAUUCUCACUCCGAUUCCAGCGAUGAUGGUCAAGCAGCGAGCUCACUGCAGCUCGCAGCAUCUCGGGGCCCAGAGGGACCAACGCUCCACAAUUCUCACUCCGAUUCCAGCGAUGAUGGUCAAGCUGCGAGCUCACCACAGCUCGCAGCAUCUCGGGGCUCAGAGGGACCGACGCUCCACAAUUCUCACUCCGAUUCCAGCGAUGGUGGUCAAGCUGCGAGCUCACUACAAGCGGUGGUGACGCGUGGCCAGGAGAGGCAGUCGCACAAGGAAUCCAGCUCUGAUUCCAGUGAUGCUAGGCAAGCUACCGGCUCCCUACAGCCGGCGAGAUCUCGGGGCCGGGAGAGGCAGAGGUGGGGCAAUUCUCAAUCCGAUUCCAGCGAUGACGGGGAGAGGCCACCGCGGGGCCGCACGGGGCCUCCGCGUGGUGACACAGAGGGCAGCAGGCACAGGCAGGACGAUGAGCACGAGGUCUCGCCAUCACCGAGAAGCAAUCUGUUAGCAAACACGUUGGCGGCGUGGCCUACAAAGAAACCGGACAUCCUCGGAACACGACGCGGACAGCCACGUGUGUCUGUGUCCAGCACCAGCUCUGACGACGAAUCUGUGGAGCGUCCGGUGCCGCAGAAGCAGCAGCAGCAGCAACGGGCCACUGUCACUCCUACGGCCACCCGAAACGUUUCGGCAACACAUGAGCUGCACACUCAGUGGGGCUACUCAACAAAAGUUGACUUUGAUGGAGGGGGUGCAUUGGGUGGUGCUACCAAGGCGGCGCCAUUCGAGUCGAGCUGGACAGUCUCAUCGUUCCUAACGCAGGGUCGUGACGAAGGAGCAAGUGACCCGACUGGCGUUGCGCAGCCACACGUGACGCUCCAAACAGAAAAUGCUUUUGGCUUCAGCGAGGCUUUGUCCUCGGCCCUGCUGAUGGCACCAAAGGCUGGAGAGAAGAGCGGCGUGUUCUCAUCCGACGCGCUCCUCUCGCUCACGAAGCGGACAGGUCGACGGGGAAGCGACGACUCCUCCUCCUCCUCUUCAUCCAGCGGAGAUGAACAGCUGAGAUCAACGAGGGCACGGGCAGCCAAGCCGGACCUGCUCUCACCUCCGCCUCCUCCACUACCGAACGCUCCUCCACCUGGUGAUGAAAUCGAUCGAGGCGACAACGACGACGACCACGAUGGUGGUGGUGCUGGUGAUCAGGACUUCGAGUUUGUGAGUCUACCCAAGCUCUCGGUGUCGCUGAGGCUCCCAGGCUCGCAGAGCGACUCGUCGACCGAGGAGUUUAUUAGUCGCCAGCUCACGGCGGGGUCCAGCAGCAGCCUCAGCGAUGGCGACUUGGGAUGAACCCCGUCACGGUCCCCAUGCACGGACGUUGGGAAGCGCUGCGCGAAAAUAAGAGAUCAGACAGCGACAUUGGGAACACACACACACAUACACUACUCUCGAUAAUGACGCUGUCGACAAAGAUUAGGCAAGAAUAAUAUGCACUUUUAAAACAUUGCCGUUUCAAAGCCACAGGCUGCAUAGUAUUUGCCAUAGAAAGCAAAAUAAAUUCUUCUGAAUGUUAACAUCAAAGGGUAGUUUAUAUUACAAUCAAGUGAUACUUGUUUGGGCAGGGAUUACGCUGACAAGAAAAAAUGCUGAUAAAAUAACUCAACCUGCUGGAGUUUCCUUCACGUUCAAGCCAGAAAUAUCAAGGUUUUUUUUUUAUUAAUGCAGUGAUUUAUUCCAUGAAGCUUGCUCUUAAGGCUCUGUCCUGAUACACGUGGCAAAUGCCAAAGCAACCCAGGUCACACCUUGCUAUAGAUAUAUAUAUUUUACCAGAUGUCCUCGCUACUAAAUUAUUACUCAGGUGGUCAUGCACAAGGGGAUCUCCAAAAAUAUGCCGGUUUCACUGGUCGCGGUUUAUAGUUCCAUAUCGCGGUGGUGUCAAGACCUGCAACCUUUACCUCCACAGCAGCAGCUUGGGCUACAGCUGAGCCACAGAGCCAAACUCCACGCCUGCCACUUUAAGGGUUUUUUUUUCUUUCUCGCGAAAUUGCUAUCACCCAAAACACAUGUGAGAUAGUCAUCAAACUUCAUAGAGGUUGUAUCAUAUUUCGUAUUGGAUCUAACAAUAAUGGCCCAUUCAUGGCUGUUGUUCAUUGUAAUCAUACCUCCAAAUUAGUGUCGAUACUCAAGUUAAACUGUUGCAAGGUAAAAAUGCGAUUUCACAAAUGAGCGUAAAAAUGUUGCUAACAGAGAUAAUUAAAGCGCUUACGACGUAGACAUGUUUUAUAUUUUGUCAAGAUUUUGGAAAACCGCAAGAGGAGAUUGACACGAGUGUUGUUUUUUUCAUCACAGUGUGAGAUUAUUCAAAUGAAAGCACUCUGUGAUGCAAUUUUUUAGGUUGGAAUGUACAACGGAUAUUUUGUAUGUGUGUGGUACAUGGCAGCGAUGUAGCACGUGUACCCUUGUGUUUGGUUCAUUCCGUGGUGAGUACACAAGUCUGCAAUGCACGGUGACUAAAUACUUUAUCCCGUUGCAAUGUAAUAUGCACUGUUAGUGACAAUCAGCAUCACUUCAAAUUACGUUCCACAUUCUGAGAAUGUUUUACAGCACGGCAAAAUUAUCGUGUAUCGCUUGACGUCACUCCAUUACGGAAUAUCACAAUUAAACAAUUAAAAAUA